UAGAAAGCACCCACAAUGCAAAUAUUCCCCAGAAGACAUUUAUGGUAAAUACUCCUCUUUGUGCUACGUUCAAGAUAAAUAUCUGAGGAACGUCCCAGAGUUUCACCAUUAGAAGAGUUGACUUGGUCCUCAGAGGAGGAUACGGCUUUGCACCCAAGGAUAUUGGCGCAAGAGAGCUGCCCAGAGUUCCUGUUUCAAGCCGAUUCCUCCAUUGUCCACCAAGAUGAUCCUCCUUCCUUCCCUUCUUCUUGUCCUCAUCUGCCUGUCAGGAUCCUUCAGCCAAAAAGAUCUCUGGAACAAGGUCUUUGCAUUCCCAGCAGCCUCAGACACGGCCGCCGUGGUUCUCCACGUCUCCAACCAGAAACCCUUGACCAAGCUGACCGUCUGCUUGAGAUACUACACCCUCCUGGCCCGUCCGUACAGCCUCUUCUCUUACGCCACCCACUCCAGCGAAAACGAUUUCCUGAUCUUCAGGGACCAACCCAAUGAAUAUUCCAUUUACGUUGGUGAUCUAGGGGUAAUUUUCAAGGUGGCUCCGAAGGAGAAACCGAGCUGGGAACAGAUAUGUGCGUCCUGGGACUCCAGCACUGGGCUAGUCCAGUUGUGGCUGAACGGAGAACCCCUCCCUCGACAGGGACUGCAAAAGGGUUACAGCAUCAGCCCCGAGGCCUCCAUCCUCCUGGGGCAGGAGCAAGAUGACUUCGGAGUGGGCUUUGACAUCAACCAGUCCUUCGUGGGGGAGAUUACGGAUGUCAAUCUGUGGCCCCGGGUGCUGAGCCCUGUUGAGAUCAGAAUGGUCAGGAACAAGAUUGAUCCCCGUGACCCUGUGAUUAAUUGGAGGUCCCUGAGCUACACCAUCAAGAACAAUGUCUUUGUGGAGGAUUUCCUGGCUCCCCAAAACUCUUGCGUCUGAGAAACAAAAAAAGAAAGGAAGGAAGGAAGGA